AAGCCAUGACACAAGCUGUUAGCAGCAAUACCACAACAUAGCUGAGACUAAAACUAUGUAUUUAGGAGCCUAUGUUUGGAAUAUUUUGGGUAUGGAGGUAUAGCCUGAGGUACGGAUUAACGUCCUGAAAACAGAAUGUGUGGUGAAGUGCCUAGUGAAAACCUAUAUCUGAGCUUCUUAUGAGGAAAAUGCUACACUGUUGAAACAACAUGAGCUCACAUGUUCAAGAGUUAUUUCAUGAAAAUGCCCAGGGCUCUCCGAUGAACGUUCAGCCAUGGUGGAAGGCAAAACUGUUUGUGUGGGAGCCUGUCCUGUUCGGCACCUGGGAUGGUGUCUUCACCACAUGCAUGAUCAACAUUUUUGGAGUAGUGCUUUUUCUCCGCACUGGAUGGCUUGUUGGUAACACUGGGGUGUUGCUGGGCAUGCUUCUGGUGUCACUGGUUGUGCUGGUUGCUCUGGUGACAGUUAUGUCGGGUAUAGGGGUGUGUGAGCGGUGUACUGUUGGCAAUGGUGGCGUAUAUUCCAUGAUCUCCAUGGUUCUUGGAGGAAGAGUCGGAGGGACUGUAGGACUCCUCUAUGUGUUCGGGCAGUGUGUGGCUGGAGCCAUGUACAUCACUGGCUUUGCGGAGUCCAUAGCCGAAUUAAUGACCGUGCAGAGUGUGUGGGCUGUCCGGGGGAUCUCUGUGGCUGUCCUUCUGGCCCUGCUUGGGAUUAACCUGGCCGGAGUAAAGUGGAUUGUCCGGCUGCAGCUGGUCCUGUUGGCCAUUCUUGCUGUAUCUACUCUGGAUUUUAUCAUUGGAACCUUCAGUCAUUUGGAUCCAGAGCAUGGAUUUGUUGGUUAUUCAGAAGAUCUUUUAUGGACAAACACUCUGCCCGACUACACGGCUGGAGAAACUUUCUUUACUGUGUUUGGAGUUUUCUUUCCUGCUGCUACAGGUGUGAUGGCAGGGUUCAACAUGAGUUCAGAUCUUCAUAAACCUGAGCAGAACAUACCUGUGGGGACCGUGGCAGCUGUCUUCACCUCGUGGUUCCUCUACCUCGUUUUUGUAUUCUUGCUGGGAGCCAUCUGUACAAGAGACGCUCUGCGCUAUGAUUUCUUAAUAGCAGAAAAGGUCUCCUUGGUGGGUUUCCUGUUCCUGUUGGGCCUCUACAUCUCCUCUCUGGCCUCUUGCAUGGGUGGCCUGUAUGGAGCACCCAGGGUCCUGCAGUGCAUCGCCCAAGAGGGAGUUAUCCCAGCUCUGUCUUUCCUGGGUAAAGGGAAGGGUCCGAAUAAAACUCCAGUAGCAGCCAUCUGUCUAACAAGCUUAUUCUCUAUGGCCUUCAUCUUCAUUGGUCAGGUCAACGUUCUGGCUCCUAUUGUUACCAUUAACUUCAUGCUGACCUACAGCAUCAUCGACUACUCCUAUUUCAGUGUGGCCAUGAGCUACAAGCUCCAGGUUAAGGAAAGGAAGCCUCUUCUUGAAAAACCCUGCCCUAGAAAAUCACUAGUAACAGCCGGUCACCCAUGUUAUGGCAGCAAUGGUGCUCUGAACAAGACCAGCAAUGGCACACUGCUCGAGUUCACUAAAGACAUGGACCAGAUAUUUACAUUGCCUAGUGCAGACAGCACAGAGGAAGAGAAAUCCUCCAUUCAUGUAGCAAAGGUCUGGGGAAGGAAGGCAAAAGUUCCUGCUAAAGAAACACUGAGCAGUAGUUUUGGGCUAGACUUGAACAGCAGCAGCCCAACUGAGAAGGAAAAGGAUGAGAGUGUGCUUGAACAAAGCAUUGGCCCAGAAGAUGAGACCAGCAGUCAGACAGGGCUUAUCGAGUCUGAACCGGGAGGGAAGUGGAAACUGUCUCUGCCUCAAAGUCCGAUUGAACUCAAUCAGAUACCAGGGGAGACAUCAGACACAAAUGACAGAAAACCGAAGCUGGGGGGAUCAGAUAUCCGACCAAUCCCGAAUUCAUGUUAUGCCAAGUUUUGCAAUCACUGGGUUUCCUUAAUUGGUGCUCUGUGCUCCAUUUUGAUAAUGUUUGUCAUCCAGUGGGCGUAUGCCUUGGCCAAUAUUACUGUUGCCCUCCUCCUUUACCUCUACAUAGGAAACACGAGCCCGGGUUUGCCAACAGGUACAGCGGCACGUUUCAGCUUUUUCCGUUGGAUAAAGAGUACUCUAAGUAGACUGCACAGGCCAAACCAAGUGCUUCCAGACCAGAUUGUACUGACACCGUCUUUGACAGCAGUUGGCAUGGAAACCAGACAGCUGACAGAGGAAAAUACCGACUUUGCCUUCAGAGACCGCUACCACCAUUCAUCGGUCAUCACUACCAGAGAAGAGAUGGUUCAUCCUCAACUGCACUAACCAGCCUCAUCCUCCUCACUUCAGCUUUGCCCUGAUUGUAAUGUUAAAAAUACCUCAUAGAACAGGAGAGCUGAUUCAGGAUAAGUUUACAAUCGUUAUACACCAAGGUCAAAAGCUGGUCUUGGAUUGGAACUUCUCUUCUGAACUGUCAUCAUGACUACUAGUUUAAAAACUGUAAACACAAUGUUUUUCAUAAUCCAUUGAAAGGAGUUUGACAUGGAUGAAUUAUAAAUAUGGAUGGUGCUUGUGACUGGUUAAAGGUAAUGCAAUUUGCCAGCAGCAGAAUUUAAAUUGAUGAAUUUAUUAUUAUUUUUUAAAUUCAUUCAUUCAUCUUCAGUAAUUACGUUAUCAUUUUAAAGAUUGUGGUGGAUCCAGAGCCAAUCCAGGGAACACUGGGUAUGAGAUGAGAACACACCCUGGCUGGGAAGCCAUGUGCAAGAACAUUCGCACAGUUACUCUCAACUCAAUCCACCUACCUUUAGGAAGUGUAAGGAAACCUGCGAACCUGGAGGAAAUCCACAUAGACAUAGGAAGAAAUUGUGAAGCUCCACAAAGAUAGUAACCCAAGCUCAGGAUCUACCUGGGGGACCCUGAAGCUCUGAUGCAUGGUAUUUCUUUCAGUAUACCAUGAUUGGGUUCUCUCUUGGGGAAAAUCAGAAGGAUGUGAAAUGAUAUAUAAAUUAUAAGUGCAGUAGAACAUCGUAUAUCCACGUUUAUUGUGGUUAGAGUAUGUACAGUUUUGUUUUUUUUUUCCAAUACAGACUACAUGGUUUUGUCUGUGUAUUUAAAUGGUGCUUGUACAGCAUGGGAGGUAAAGAAGAUAAAAGACAUAUGUUGCUCACAUUUGCUAAACUGGCGUUAGUCAUAUGCCAUCUCCACAUGCUGAUUCACCACCCGAUUUAGCCUUUGGCUGCAUGUCAAAUUACAGAGGCAUAUUUUUGUAAUAUAUGCAAAUUAAACAUGCUGUAUAUAAAUCUUAUAACAAAUAGAAACCCUACUAUUUGUGUACAAAAAGAAAAUUCUUACAUUGAGAAAUCAAACAAAUGCUUAUUCCAAUUAUUUGGUUCCAUUUUGCCUACCCUCUAUCUGUAGUAAACCUGACCUUGCUAAGACAACUUUGGGUUUUAUUUUAUUUUAUUUUUUACUUUAGGGGCAGCAGCAAUCUUAAUGCUUACCUCAAAUAUAAAUGUUUAUUAUACCCCUGCUCCGAGGGGAGAUACUGGUUAUUAUUAUUGUUCUACCCUCGCUCUGAAGGAGGGAAGGUAUACAGGUUUAUUUACCUCUGUCUGUCCAAAACACCGUUUGUUUUUUUUCCAGCAACCACAAAUCAUAGCCACUUGGUAUCGAGCUUCAGCUUGGGGUUCUAUACCGUGUAUACCAUUUUCAGGUCUGUCAUACAUCGACUUCCUAUUUACAGACAAUCUAUUUAUGAACCAUUUAGCAUGGAUUUACAAAAUUUUUGUAACACUUUUCUCAGUAACUACAAAUCACAACUGCUUGAUAUUUGGUACCGAGUUUCACCUUGGGGUUCUAUACCGUGUGUACCGUUUUCAGCUCUGUCACACAGCGACUUCCCGUUUACCAACUGAAUGUAUUUACGAAACAUAUAGGGUGGAUUUUGAUUAGGGUGACCAGACGUCCCGGUUUUACCGGGACAGUCCCGAUUUGGGGUUGUGUGUCCCGAGUCCCGACAAAAGUCUGUCGGGACAUGGAUAUGUCCCGGUUUUCGCCAGUCGCGACGUUUGCGACUGAGCAGCGUGGGAAUCAUUAGCGGAGAAAUGUCUGCAUUUACUAUUUUGAUGAAUUGACAGGAAUCGCAAACUUUCCUGGUUACUGCCCCCUGGCCCUGUGGCAUGGGUGUUUAUUUAGCCACAUUAUUCCAGACAACAGAACGUGUUGCCAUGCAACAAUAAAAUAAACAUUAACUGGCGCGAAUGUUCUUUGUCUAGCAGCUAGCAGCAGUAAUGCCGCAGCAAUUUUGCCGAAAAGAAAAUGUACCUUUUCCAAAGAUUUACAGGGCACCUACCCCUUCCUCCGAGAGGUACAGAACAAUGCGCACGAAGCCUACUGCACACACUGUAAGUGCUUUGUUCUUGUACUGAGUUGGGUAGCCUAUGUUGCAAAUGCUGUGCACUCCUGUGGGGGCUUUCCUCGGGCUGUCGCCCCUCUCCUCCUUUAUUGCUGAGAGAGGCCCUUCAUAUAAUCUUUUUUUAUUCACCUUGUUAUCCCGAGAU